GAACCAUUGUUAACUGGAUGUUUAUUAGAAUAGAAGAGGGACUUACAACAAACAACAGGAAGUAUGAAGCGAAACACUAGGGAGCAAACUGUUGAGCCAUAGAUAACAGCAAACAUGGAUCUGACUAAGAAGUGACUGAACGGAGAGGCUUAAAUACAGGAGGAGAUGAUUACUGGAAUGCAGAACAUGGGAGUCUAAUUACUGGGAGAAAAAGCUGAGAGAAAAUUAGCAGGUGUCUAAACAACAAGGAAACACAUGUCCGAAAAUAAUCCGUAAACUGAACAUGAACACCAAAAACAUAAAAAAUUUAAACAUGAACUCAAUACAAAAUAACCAAUGUUGCUAUCUAAACCAAAGCCCCACAGAUCUUUACAGCUGGAUCACGAUCUGCAUUUGUGAACUUUACUUUUCAUUUGACCCUAAUGUUGAGAGAAAGGUAGAGAGAGAGAGCGAGAGAAUCACAUGUGAACAGACCAAUCAAUCCUCCAGCAACAUUAAAUAACUCCAAUAUCCUGCCAGAAAGAACACUCUGAAAACACCGGGCUAAUUUUGGAGCAGGGCUGGGUGCCACCCAAUAAAUCAACCAGCUGCUCAUGCCUGUCACCAAGCUGAUGAAGGGGCGGUGGGCUGUGGUAGCAGGGGCAGCACAGGCGUCUGCUCAAAGUCGGACUCUGUGCACAGGAAGAAUGUCGAGGAACAGCCAGCGGCAGAACCUGGUGGUCAUUAAAGAACUUGAGCUCAUCUUGGACUCCUGCACACUGGAGCUCACGCCUGUGGAUGAAGUCUGGCCCAACUUGUACAUAGGAAAUGUGGCUGUUGCACAGAAUAAAAACACAUUACAUAAGUUUAGCAUCACUCAUGUCCUGAACGCAGCACACUCCAAGCAGGGCAGCAUCGGUGACCAGAGCUUUUAUGGGAACACGUGUGUUUACUUUGGCAUCCCAGCGGAAGAUUCAGACCACUUUGACCUCAGUCAAUACUUUAAAUCUGCUGCCGACUUCAUUCAUAAAGGCCUUAAAAGCAAAGAUGGAAAAGUGUUGGUUCACUGCAUCAUGGGUGUGAGUCGAUCGGCCACUUUGGUCCUAGCCUACCUCAUGCUGAGUCAUCGUUUCUCACUAAGAGAUGCUCUGAGACAUGUUGUGAAAAAACGGGCCAUUUAUCCCAACCGGAACUUCCUGACGCUCCUCCUAAAGCUGGACGAAGAGCUGACCAGAAAAAGGAUGCUGUGUCCCGUUCUCUGACAUAAUUCUGUAUCUGUUUCCUCAGUCCUUGUUAUCUCAUGACAUCAGCAGUGGUUGUAAAUAGUGUAUUUAUGUAAAUCAAAAGAAGACAUUGAAGGUCUCUAUAUUUAGUUUUGUUUUACUUUUAUCACCUUGUGAAUCUGUCUGUUAUCUGUAAUUUUAAUUUAUUGGUCCAACAACAGGAUGUUAUGUAAUAACAGUUAAGAUCAACCCAAGUCUUCUCAUCUAUUUCUACAUGAAGCUCAAUAAUUGAACUUAAAAAAACAAACACACAUUUUGGCCACACAUUGAUGCUGAAAACUACUGAUUAAUCAGCUUAAACAUGUAUUUAUGUGUGCUCUACUUUAUGCCUUGGACCAAAUAUAUUACGCUGCCUUAAUUUGUGAAUUAAACGUCCUUCACAUGUUA